AUGCUGAGAAGCGCCCUGCUGUGCGCGGCGCUGGGGCUCCUGCGCGCCCAGCCUCUCCCCUGUCCCCCCGCCUGCAAGUGUGUGUUCCGGGACGCCGCGCAGUGCACCGGGAGCAGCGUAGCGCGCGUCGCCGAGCUCGGCCUGCCCGUCAACCUCACGCACAUCCUGCUCUUCCAAAUGGGCCGCGGCACCUUACAGAAUCACAGCUUCAGUGGCAUGACCGUCCUGCAGCGCCUGAUGCUGUCGGACAGCCACAUUUCCGCCAUUGCCCCCGGCACCUUGGACGACCUGAUAAAACUUAAAACCCUGAGGCUGUCGCGCAACAAGAUCACUCAUCUUCCAGGUGCGCUGUUGGAUAAGACGGUGCUCCUGGAACAGUUGUUUCUGGACCGCAACGAACUAAAGGACAUUGACCAAAACAUGUUUCAGAAACUGGUUAACUUGCAGGAGCUCUUUUUGAACCAAAAUCAACUCGCUUUCCUUCCCGCUCGCCUCUUCACAAACCUGGGGAACUUGAAAGUGUUGGAUUUAUCGAGAAAUAAUUUGACCCACCUGCCCCGGGGAUUGUUUGGCGCACAGGCUAAGCUGGAGAAACUCGUGCUGCACUCGAACCAGCUCGUCUCUUUGGAUUCGGGGCUGUUGAGUAGCCUGCGUGCCCUGGUGGAGCUGCAGCUGGACAGAAACCGCAUCCGCUCCAUCGCACCGGGGGCCUUCGACCGGCUCCGGAGCCUGAGCUCCUUGACGCUUUCCAGAAACCGCCUGGAGUUCCUGCCCCCGGCCCUCUUCCUUUAUUCGCACAAUUUGACUUUCCUGACCCUGUUCGAGAACCCGCUGGAGGAGCUCCCGGAGGUGCUCUUCGGGGAGCUGGCCGGCCUGCAGGAGCUGUGGCUGAACUGCACGCGGCUGCGCACCCUGCCGGCCGCCGCCUUCCGCAACCUGAGCCGCCUGCGGGCGUUCGGGGCGACCCUGAGCCCGCGUCUGAGCGCGCUCCCCGAGGACGCCUUCCGGGGCCUGGGCGAGCUCCAGGUACUCGCCCUGCACUCCAACAGCCUGGCCGCGCUCCCCGGCGGCUUGCUGCGCGGCCUCGGCGGGCUGCGCCGCGUGUCGCUGAGCCACAACCGGCUGCGGGCCCUGCCCCGCGCGCUCUUCCGCAACCUCGGCAGCCUGGAGGGAGUCCGGCUCGAGCACAACCUGCUGGAGACCCUGCCCGGAGACGUGUUCGCGGAUCUGCCCCGGCUGGCGGAGGUCCUGCUGGGGCACAAUCCCUGGCGCUGCGACUGCGACCUGGGGCCGUUCCUGGCGUGGCUGCGGCGGCACCCGGGCCUCGUGGGCCGAGCCGAGCCCCCGCGGUGCCGCGGCCCCGGACCCCGCGCCGGCCUGCCGCUCUGGGCCCUGCCCGACGACGACCCCGAGUGCCGGGGCGCCCGCGGCCCGCCUCCCCGCUCCGCCGCAGCCCCCGCGGCCCCGGGCCACACGGCCUCGGUGCCCGACAGCUCGGAACCCCGGGCCCCGGCGCAGCUCGUGGCCGACGGCAGUCGCCAAGACCACAGCCUGUUCUGGGGUCUUUACUUCCUGCUUUUGGCUGCUCAGGCCGUAAUAACGGGGGUCAUCGUGUUUGCUAUGAUUAAACUCGGCGGGCUCUUUCGAAAAUUAAUCAGAGAGCGAGCGAGCGAGCUUUUGUUUGAGUCAAUGGGACAACCUCGCCGCUAA